AUGAUAAUUUUGCAAUCCAUUUCUGGGAAAUAUGAUCCUUGUCUAAGUGGGAAGUUACCCUGCUUUGGAACGUUGGAACAGUAUACUUGGCUGGUGAGAGCGACGGUCGCAUUGCACCUGCUCAAGGGAGUGCCGACGAAGGUGUCCUCCCUGGUGCGGAAGUUGAGCGGGGCUGUCGCGGGGCUCGAUCUUGCCUGCUUCCGUCAUUCUACAUUUAUGAUACACACGGUCGCUAAAAGCUUAAAGGAAGACAUCCCACUGGAAGGUGUUAAUCUGCUGCACGCGAUCAAAAAGCUUGCCCUUGCAAACUCCCCGCAGCUUUACUACACGGCCCUGGCACUGAUUUUUGCCGGGUUCGAUGCGAUAACACACCCCAACAAACCGAUCGCCACGUACCGGGUGUGUGGGGUGAAUGAGGCGCUUCAAUUGCUCGAUACACUCGACGCACCGUGGCUUCAGCGGCAGUGUGCCAGCCUGCAGGCCAUCUACCAGCUGCUGAAGCUGCUUAGCCUUUACCAGAACAUGGUGAUAAUGCGGCACGCCGGCAAACGACCGCAGGAGCUGCAGGAAGAGCACGCAAGCUUUGCGGCACUGCUGUGCGCAACGGACGCGCAGGUGAAAAGCAUCCGCCAGUGGCUGGAACAGUUGAGCGUGGUGCUGCAACCGUACGGUAUCAGGCAGGAUGAGGACCAUUUGAUUAUAGCAGAUUUGAUACACGUCGAUAUGCUUCCGUUGUUCGACGAUUGGGAUCAACACGAGGAGAUGAUGUGAGGCGGGCGCGCCCCUUGAAGCAUGUUCCAAUUGAUGGUUUAUUUUUCAUUGCAUUCCUUGAUUCUCACAGUGUGCUUUACAUUUAGCAUUUUCUAUAAAAAUAAAAUAUAAACAAAUGUUUCGCAACUUGUUGUAGCUAAUAGUUUGCUCACGCACGCAACUGUGUGCGGGACCGUGCGUGAUAAUAUCUUAUCGUGGUUAGUGUUCCAUAAAAGUAAAGACUCUUUUUGAUAAGACCUCCUCGUGGGUGUUAGAUUUUUUACGCACAUGAUUAGUUAAAAGGGCCUAAAAUGGUGGGCGAGCGUCCAGUUUUGCUUAAGCACUGAAUGAUAAUUUUGCAAUCCAUUUCUGGGAAAUAUGAUCCUUGUCUAAGUGGGAAGGUAAACACUGAUACGUUUUUAUUGGAAAAGUCGUCAGGAUUAAGGGCGGUUUAAUAGGCUUGACCGGUUGGAAACAAUGUGGCGGAGGUUCCCUAGAACGUUCUCGCCUACGCCGCGAGGUCGAUGCUCGGAUUAGGAUAGGAGUUAGUGUUUGGAAAUCUGUGAAAUGAUAACAAAUUGCGCAUUGUUUUUGGGUGUUGCAAACGUAACAUAAGUACACAUUUCAUUUUUUUUUAUUUCUGAGAGUGAGAUUAGAUGAAUUCAUGCGGCCUGAGGACAUUAGAGCAGUGGGAAUAAACGUUAGGUUUGAAAGUAAAACAUAAAAUUCAACCUCUUUCAAACAUGCAGCAAGCUCAGUGUGCAACACGCGAAGACGAUGGGAGAGUGGUUGCUGGAGAGCAAUCAAUCGUUUCAACGAGUCAAUUUG